CCGAAGUUCAUUCCUUUUCGCCUUCGCCUCAUCGCACGCUGGUGCUCUCUCUCUCUCUCUCUCUCUCUCUCUCGCGCCAUUGAAUCCGCUGCCCUAGAUUUCCUCCCACUGAUCCCCUCUUCACUCCGGCGACACCAUCUCCUCCCUUUUCUCCUUUCGAUCGCUUCUCCAAAAUGGCCAACGCGGCAUCUGGGAUGGCUGUGAAUGAUGACUGCAAGUUGAAAUUCCUGGAAUUGAAGGCAAAGAGAACCUACCGUUUCAUAGUAUACAUGAUUGAAGAGAAGCAGAAGGAGAUAAUUGUUGAGAAGGUUGGUGAACCUACUCAGAGCUACGAAGAUUUCACUGCUAGCCUUCCUGCAAACGAAUGCAGAUAUGCCAUUUUUGACUUUGAUUUUGUCACUGAGGAGAACUGCCAGAAAAGCAAGAUCUUCUUCAUUGCAUGGUCUCCUGAUACAGCCAAAGUGAGAAGCAAGAUGCUCUAUGCAAGCUCCAAGGACAGAUUCAAGAGGGAAUUGGAUGGUAUCCAGGUGGAACUGCAAGCCACCGAUCCUACUGAGAUGGGUCUUGAUGUCAUCAGAGGUCGUGCUAACUGAGUUUUGGACUUCGAUUGGAUAGUUUGAUCAAGCAUUCAGCCUUCAGGCCAUUUACACAACUGAGAUCCUUGAAUAUUGUAUAAUAGAAGCUUUGGAGAUCCCAUCUAAGUCCGCACGGGACUUUCAUCUGCUAUUUGUCUUUCUAGUUUUAGACCUGAUUCCUUAAUUUUAAAGUAUCAGAGAGAACUUUUGUAAUGAAAUCCUGUGUGCUGAAUGGAUGCUUGUUGUUUGCGUACCCUGGCCCUGGAGGCACGCUUGAGAAACAUUUUAAGUGACAUCUGGCAUAAGAGGUAACUUGCAAAAUCUUCUAAUAUGUGGCUGAAGUUUUCUUUGAAUAUAUAUAUAUAUAUAGUUUUUUUCCAUGUCUUCGAUCCUUAUCUAAAAGGUGUUUGAGUUUUGUACUUUGACACUACUACACGUAGGGUUGUUGCAUCUACUUGCAAGCCACGUCUGUAUGGGAUUUCGUCUGAAACUGGCCUUCUAUCUUGUUGCUAUGUUUGGAUCAAAUCUGCUUACAUGCUUUUAAAA